AGUGAACUAAUUCAGUAGUCAUUGCUGGGUUUUUGCAAUGUUAUGAACUUGAUAACAAAUAACUAAAUAGUGAGACGAAUAUGUCUUCGAAAUCGGUACCCAAUGAAAAAUUAGUUCGCGUAGGAUAUUAUGAAUUGGAAAAAACAAUAGGAAAAGGAAAUUUCGCUGUUGUAAAACUGGCAACUCACAUAGUAACGAGAACCAAGGUUGCCAUAAAAAUAAUCGAUAAGACUGCCUUGGAUGAAGAAAACCUAACGAAGAUAUUCAGAGAAACCGCCAUACUAAAGAACUUAAGACACCCACACAUCACAAGGCUGUACCAGUUGAUGGAAACAAGUCACACUAUUUAUAUUGUAACCGAGUAUGCUCAUAAGGGAGAAAUAUUCGAUCAUCUUGUUGAAAAAGGAAGGAUGCCUGAAGAUGAGGCGAAGAGAAUUUUUACUCAGAUAGUUUCAGCUGUCAGCUAUUGCCAUUCCCAAGGUGUAGUUCAUAGAGACCUUAAGGCGGAAAACCUUUUACUGGAUCAUAAUAUGAAUAUCAAACUAGCCGACUUUGGGUUCAGUAAUCAGUUCACUGAAGGGAUGCUGUUGUCGACUUGGUGCGGAUCACCCCCAUACGCCGCCCCUGAACUGUUCCAGGGACUGCAGUACGACGGUCCUAAAGUGGACAUAUGGAGCCUUGGUGUUGUCUUGUACGUGUUGGUUUGUGGAUAUGUUCCAUUUGACGCUCCCACUUUGCACAUAUUGAGGAAUGUUGUGAUUGAAGGAAAGUUUCGGAUACCCUACUUCAUGUCUAGAGACUGCGAAGACUUAAUAAGGCACAUGUUAGUUGUGGAACCUGAGAAGAGACUGAGUAUGGCUCAAAUAGCAAAACAUCGAUGGCUGUCCAAUGUUCCUCCCGUUGAUACUGGCCCUGACAUUGAUUUGAAUCCAAACAAGACUGUUAUAAAUCAUAUGCUUCAACUUCCAAACCUCACUCAAUCUAUGAUCUUGCAAUCACUAAAAAAUAAGACUUUUGACCAUAUUUACGCUAUUUACAAUUUGCUAUUGGACAAACUACACCAAAGAACAAUAAAUUUCCAAUCCAAGAUAUCUCAGCAGAGGGCGUCAAUGUCAAUAGAGUCGGAAGAAGACGCAUCGGAACAAAAUGUUGAUUUCUCCAAACCCAUGAGAAUAAACGAGAGAAGCGAAUCUUUCAACGAACAGCAACUAGUGACCCACCUAGCGCAAGAGCAGGCUGUUUACAAUUCCUCUGAACAGAAUAUAGAACAAGGUUUCAACUACAGAAGGGAAAGUUUCAACGAGAAUUGCCUUAGAAUGUCAAGGGAUGAUGAAGCUGAGGAGAGACGAAGUUACCAUGGAUUGACCUCUGAUGAUGGAGGUUCCCCAUUUGUAUCCAUGCCCACCAUCCCUGCAGUUUAUUUGGUUGGGGAUGGAGAAGGCCAACCCUUAGAAAAGUAUGGUGAGAUGGACUUAGACAACUCGGAAGAUACAAUUUCACUGACUGUUCCCACGAACUCUUCAGGCUACGAAAGUUGCACUUAUGGAGAUAAGUAUCUGACCGUAAGAAGGCAUACAGUAGGCCCUGGAGAUCCCGCCCAUGAGCAGGUGUUGGAGUCUCACUAUAUUGCAACAGGACCGUACGAUCCUAGUAGAAACAAGCUUCUUCCUCACACCAACUUGCCUAUGAAUCUACCAUUAUUAGGUCAACAGAAUCCACACUGUUUUGGUGGAAAGGAUCCACAUUUAUUGAAACCCCCAACAGUGCUCAAUGCUGCUGGUGGUUUUGGUAGAAGGGCAUCAGAUGGUGGUGCAAACUUACAUAUGUCUUGGGGUACUCCGGGUUCGCAUGAGCAGCUGUCAAUUAUGUCAACCAGUUCCAGUGGCAACCCAAGCUUGAGCAGUGGUACAGGGACUCAAGCAAUAGAACAUAACCCCCAGUCAUUUGAAGAAAUGGCAGCUGUAGCCAGGUACAUGCAAGGCAGAGGAAAUUCUAAGAGGCACACUAUGGCAAAUCCUGAAGAUGUUCAUUCUUUGCAAGGGGGUGCUUCAACAGGAGGAAGAACUAGGAGAACAGGUCUUUUGACUGUAAUGGAAAGACCCCCAGUUAUACCGCCUGAAUUAGUAAUGGAGGUUGAGAAUAGAAUGAAGCGAAAUCAUGUGCCCCCAAUGCUCUCCCAAAGAAAACAUUCCAGACAUGCUGUUAAGCCACAUUUGCCAACAGUACAAGAACUACAAGGUAGAGAGCAGAAAUCUAGUGAGAGAUUCAGCCCUGUUAGGAGAGGAAGUGAGGGAUCCGCAAGCAACAGCAGAACCCUCAGUCCUUCUACUCCUCAACAAGAAUGCCAGAGACUACAAAGGGGGUUACAGACAAGGGCCAGUCCACCUAGAUCUAUUCCUGGUUCUCCAAUCCAUCAGAUCAUAAAUGAACGCCAUCAAGUGCCUGAAGGAUCUCCGCAAUACUUCCCGUCAGAUCAAGACGUCCAGAACAUUCCUCCAGGCUCGCAGUCUUUUGGAGUAGGAUUUGAAUUACCAGCCAUUCAGCACAGAAGUUACGGAGGAAGUCCCUUACACUCCGCUUCCCCUUACAACACUAGCCCUUCAGGAUCUAUAACAGGCCAACCUGGUUUGUAUGGUCAGGUUCCCAACCUUGGAAUUUACGGCGGUAGUACAUCCUCCAUAUAUGGGUGCUAUGGUCAGGCAAGUGGCUCUAAUGUAUCUUCGAUCACUCAAGGCAUAAGUGGCUUGAACACGUCAGGUUCCAUAAUGCAAGGAACUCCUUCUGCUAACCUUCAACUGGAAAUCAGGGGUGUCCAGUUCCAACCAGACGAUCUCACUAAAAUGGAUCCUACCAUGUAUCCUUCAACUCUGCCUGGUACCUGGGUGGGUACUAACUUCCUCCACCAAAACCAUAUGCAUCACAUUUUGAACAUACAUAAUCAUAGGAGCUUGACUAAUUCUCCUAUUUCAAAUCCCGGGAGUCCGGGACUGGAUAUGAUUCAGGAAGAAUUGCCACAUUUGACCGUCACCGGUGUCAAAGGCGAAGGAAUUUUGGGAGGGCAUCCACAAAUUUGUGUCACUGACGUUUUAGGCAGUGAAGUUACUCUAGUCGCUGGUUCAGACACUAGCGAGGACUCAAUGGACUCAUUAGAGAACCAGAAGGCUUCAAAAAUACCAUCAUUCAUCAUAUCAGAGCCCUCGGAAAAUCUACCUUCUAUAACGAGGGGCAUUGGUAGAAAGACAAGCCAAGAAAGUGAAGCUCCAAAACCCCAGAUAUCACAGGAAUUCUGUGAGCAACAAAACGAAGAGUUUUUUCUAAGAAGAAACUCUGAUAAAAGUUCCUUAUAUUCGGAUGAUUCCUUAUCCAAUGAUAGUUUGAGUAUAGGCAAUCAAAGCCCAAGUUCUAGUUCAAACACUCAAAGUAGCCACUUCUAUGAUUCGGACAUACGCUACAGGCCCUUGGAUAGUUCCUCUCACACCCAGAUGCAGAUACACCAAGAGUUGGCAAAUUCUGGAACAGGUAGUUUCCAAAUUUUUCAGAACUUCCAUCACAAUAGCGUGAACGAACCUAACAUUCAAGCCUUUUCAACUGGCAAUGUGGCUAGCAAUCACACCAUCCCCAUAAGGGGCAACCUCCACAAGAAUUCUGGUUCUUUUGAAUUCGAACUUUCUGAAGUGUGUUCCAAGUUGCAAUCUACUGAUAUUUUGGAGAUGGUAAAAAGAACCAUUGAUGAUAGGAUACCACCCAAAAACUGUGUAAGUUCAGAGAUGGUCUGUGACCGGUUGUCCUUGGAAUAUGAAGGGGGCAUCCAGAUAGAACUGAAAAUAAUUGAUAAGGAGAAAGAUUCAAAAAAUUUGAAGGUGAGAAGGAUAUCUGGAGAUCACCUGGUUUACAAUCAACUAUGCCAGCAGUUGAUAUCUUGUAUGACAGUGUCCUAGCAUAAUCAGGGUUGAUUAGUUCUUGUUUGAAUUGAGAGAGAAGUUUUGGGCUCACUUUAACACUUAAAUACAUUCCUAUCCCUUCUCAGAGAAUGUUACUUCCCAUUUUUAAUGUGUCUAGGUCUAGAAUGAAGUAAUUUUUAACUUUGUUGAGAAAGGAACACUUUGAAGAAUGAAAAAAAUUAAUGAACAUUUUUUUAGCUGUAAAGUUAGAUAUGCAUCUUAUAAUUUUGUUUGGACUGUAUUCAUGAACUGUCUUGAAUUAUUUUCAAACUCAUUGAGCCACUGAUUCACUAUACCUAGUCAAUUUGCUUAUUGAAUAAACUUAAAAUGAUCCAUAAUUUCUGCUAUAUUCUUUUUUUUUUUUCAUUUACUUGAUAGCCAGAGCACUUCCUAUCAAUAACAAAGGUUUAAGGGACACUGAGUCUCGUCCAACCUAAGGAAUUAUUAUGCAUCUGAACUUUAUGGCUGAAAUAAAAGACGUAAUGUAUAUUCUUUGCAAUCAAGCUAGUACAGAAAUGUAGGAUGCUUAUAGAGAACUUUGAAAAUGGUAGUUUUCCCAAAUAUCUCCAAAUUGUAACAUUCCUUAGAUUAGUGAUAACUCUAUGAAGUGCAAUUAUUAUUAUUUCCCUACAGCUGUUUUUCGAUUACAUUAUUAUAAUAUUCAAAGAAAUCCAAUGCCUUAUGAUCUUAUGCACUUUAGAGGACGUAGCCGAGUUUUUGUAAAUCUGAAAACUUUGUAAAUAAAUUUUAAAGUAAUAUGUAUAUAGGAAAAUCUCCGCACAAAGUGUAUAUAAAAAGUUUUUCUUUAGUUUUCCAAGCCAUAUUUUUUUAUGUUAGCCAUAGCUAUCAUAAAUGUUAUUUUUGUUAAGUAUGAUUUAUAGUCUGAAUUAGUGUCUGAUUCCUAUUUUCAAGUUAGGUUGUUCCUUUAUAAGUGAGCAUUAGCUUUAUCCAGGCAAUCUAAAAAUUUGAUAGAUACUGUUUAUAUACCAUAAAACACUUUCUAAUCAUUCCAAUACUAUCAAUGUGAAGUUUUAAUGCAAUUAAUUUUCUUUAUCUCCUGAUUCUAAGCUAUUUUCUCGUAUAACAGAUAUUUAAAAUCUGUAACAUUUUGCUUUAUUUAGUCAUAGCUAAUCCAAUUGAUAAUUUGUGAUUUUUGUGUGAACAAUAUGAUUUUUCUAAUGUCUAGGCAGAAAUAAUCUGAAUGUAUUUGUAUAUUUUUAUAAAUAUUGUAUAUAUUUUCAACUGCUACAUUCCCACUAGGAAAAUUUCUCAUAUUCGGCUUUAUAUUUUUGAAUUUCAAUUUUGUUUCCUUGAAAAUAUUGUGUAAAAUUCAUUGAUAUUUGGAUUUUUUAACUUUUAUAAAUUGAGUGCAAUCUUCAAAGUAAAAUAUAAUCAAUAUGACCAUUUCUAUUUCUAGAAGUAACUCAAUAUUGACUAAUCAUUAUUUGUUGGAGGUUUUUUAUUCAUUGAUUUUGAUGUGAUUUAUUUUACAUAUUCGGCACAUCCGACAUUUAAAGGGUUGUAUGCCAACAUUCUAGUAUUUUUUGUCAAUUGAAAUCUGUGAUGUCAAUAAAACUGCUGACUUGACA